GCCGGCGCCGCAGGAGCCGCCGAGGCGGCCGCCCCACGAGCCACGCGGGCUGGGGGAGCGCUCGGCGGUCAUGGGCAAGCCCGGCAUCGGGCGGUCGGGAGCGGGCUGAGCGCGGGGCCGAACCCCGACCUCGCCUGGGGCAGCCUGGGCGAGAGUCGCCCGGCGCCCGUCGGCCGGACCAUGGCCGGCCGGGGUUGCGGCUGCAGCUGCGGCCCGGGCCACCUGAACGAGGAUAACGCGCGCUUCCUGCUGCUCGCCGCGCUCAUCGUGCUCUACCUGCUGGGCGGCGCCGCCGUCUUCUCGGCGCUGGAGCUGGAGCACGAGCGCCAGGCCAAGCAGCGCUGGGAGGAGCGCCUCGCCAACUUCAGUCGCCGCCACAACCUGAGCCGCGACGAGCUGCGCGACUUCCUCCGCCACUACGAGGAGGCCACCGGGGCCGGCAUCCGCGUGGACAACGUCCGCCCGCGCUGGGACUUCACCGGUGCGUUCUACUUCGUGGGCACCGUGGUGUCCACCAUAGGGUUUGGGAUGACAACUCCGGCAACAGUAGGAGGAAAAAUCUUUCUGAUCUUUUAUGGUCUCGUUGGGUGUGCCAGCACCAUCCUGUUCUUCAACCUCUUCCUGGAGCGCCUGAUCACUGUCAUCGCCUACCUCAUGAAAUCGUGCCACCAGCGGCAGCUCCGGAGACGAGGGACCCUGCCCCAGAAGAACCUGAAGGACCCAGGGAAGUGUGAGGUGGAUAGCUUGGCCGGCUGGAAGCCCUCUGUGUACUACGUCAUGCUGAUCCUGUGCAUGGCCUCUCUCCUCAUCUCCUGCUGUGCAUCCGCCAUGUACACCCCCAUUGAAGGGUGGAGCUACUUCGACUCGCUCUACUUCUGUUUUGUGGCUUUCAGCACCAUUGGUUUUGGAGACCUUGUCAGCAGCCAGAACGCCCAGUAUGAGAGCCAAGGCCUCUACCGCUUUGCCAACUUUGUCUUCAUCCUCAUGGGUGUCUGCUGCAUCUACUCUUUGUUCAACGUCAUCUCCAUCCUCAUCAAACAGUCCGUCAACUGGAUCCUGAGGAAAAUAGAUGGUGGAUGCUGCCAACAAUGCCAAAGAAGACUCUUCCAGUCACGGAGGAACGUGGUGAUGCCGGGCAAUGUCCGGAACCGGUGCAACAUCUCCAUAGAAACAGAAGGGGUGAUGGAGAGUGACACGGACGGGCGGCGUCUCUCGGGGGAGAUGAUCUCCAUGAAGGACUUCUUGGCAGCCAACAAGGUCUCACUGGCCGUCCUCCAGAAGCAGCUGUCUGAAACAGCCAAUGGCUGUCCCCACCAGACCAGCACUCUGUCCCGAGACAAUGAAUUCUCAGGGGGGGUAGGAGCCUUUGCAGUAAUGAACAACAGGUUGGCAGAGACAAGUGGGGACAGGUAGAAGCAAGGUGUGGGCACUGGGCAUGGAGGCCCAGGGGAGAGCAGAGGAUGAGAGGAUGGUCAUCAAAGGACCAGCUCAGCCCUGUGUCUUAGUUGAUUCAAUUUGGGAGUGGCUCCUUUUAGCCUCCUCAAGCCCAACUUUAGAAAUCAGUCUUUGAGUCUCCAGCAAACAGCCACCU